CGCUCCCAGCCGCCGUCCUCGUCCGGCCUCUGAUAUUUUCGGAUCUUUGCCCAAAAAAAAAAUGUCUGCUGCAUCAGGCUACGUUGCUGUCCCUCGCUGUCCGGUGAUCUUCGAUGGUACCAACUACACCGAGUUCGCUGGCUUCAUGCGUAUUCACAUGCGUGGCAUUCGUCUCUGGGGUGUUCUUUCUGGCGAGGUCUGCUGUCCGCCACGUCCGGUCCCUCCGGUGGCCCCUACUCCACCGACUCCACUGGUUCUUCCUCCGGACGCUACUCAGGCCGCCAAGGAUGCGGCUAAGAUUGCUGAUGAGGCUGCUGAUCGUGCCUAUGAUGAGAGGGCUUUGGCUUAUGAGGAGGCUCUUCAGACGUAUCAUGGUGCUUUGUCUGUUUACACCCAGUGGCUUGAUGAUGAUGCUCGUGCUGCAGCUGUUCUCACUGCUAGUGUUCUGCCUCAGUUUGCUUCUGAGUUUCUGGGUCUUCCUACUGUCUUCCAGAUGUGGACCUGUCUUCGUCAGCGCUAUGAGCCCUCUGGUGAUGCCUUAUACCUUUCUGUGGUUCGUCAGGAGCAUGCUCUUCAGCAGGGUGACUCUACUGUUGAUGACUUUUAUGCACAGAGUUCUGCCAUCUGGCGCCAGCUUGAUUCUCUCCGCAGUGCUGGUUGUCGUACUUGCCCCUGCUGCCAGGCUGUCCAGGCCGAUUUGGAGUUUCAUCGCGUCUACGAGUUCCUGUCUCGGCUCCGUAAGGAGUUUGAGCCCCGGCGUGCUCAGUUGCUUGCUCGUGGCCGUAUUUCUCUCAUGGAGGCGCUUUCAGAGAUUCGUGCUGAGGAGACUCGCCUACGUGGUGCUGGUUUGCUGGAGGUUCCCUCUGUGCUCGCUACUCGGGUUUCUUCCACUCCACCUGCUGCACCGCCCCAUUCUCGCUCGAGUGCUCCGCCGCUCUUGCCCACUCCUUCUGGAGGCUCAGGUCGCCCCCGUUCACAUUGUGACUACUGCAAGAAUGAUGGUCAUAUUGAGUCCCAGUGCUACACCAAGCGGAAACACCUGCGCAAGGCGCGAUCAUCAGGGACUGCGUCAUCUCCCUCGCCAGUUUCAGCCAUUGCUUUGACCGAGCAGGAUAUUUUGAGACUUAAGCGUCUGCUCGCGGCUUCAGGUUCUUCCUCGACGGGUACUGCUGGUUCUGUGACUGAUGCUUCCCGCACUGAGCACCCGCCCUCUACACAGUCAGGAUCGUCGCACGCACACUCUGGUUGGGGCUGGCCCUCGCCGCCGUGAUUCUCAGGGUCUUUGGGAGUUGGACUGGCUUCAUGUUCCUUCCGCUGCCACCACCAUCGCCAGUUCCUCCGCUGCUGUCGCUUCUGUUACUGGUUCCUUCAAGCAGUGGCAUCAUCGACUUGGUCAUCUGUGUGGUUCUCGAUUAUCGUCUUUAGUUCGUCGAGGCCUUCUGGGGUCUGUCUCAGGAGAUGUCUCUUUAGAGUGUCAGGGUUGUCGUCUUGGCAAGCAGAUUCAGCUACCAUAUUCUCAUAGUGAGUCAGUGUCUCAGCGUCCUUUCGAUUUAGUCCAUUCUGAUGUAUGGGGUCCGGCUCCUUUCACUUCGAAAGGUGGUCAUAAAUACUAUAUUAUUUUCAUCGAUGAUUUUUCUCGUUACACAUGGCUUUAUUUCA